AUGGAAGAAUCAAAGAGUUUGAUGAUUUUGGCUGUAGUCUUAGUUGGAUUAUCUUCUUUUUCAGAUGUUCAUAAAUGUCAGCAGUUAGUUGAAGCCAUUCCUUUUACGACGGAUCUAAGGACUAAUAUCCUUGGAGCUUUUGAUGGAGCAUGGCUUAAAAUGGAACUCGCAGAUGAAGAGGUUUCGAAACCAAAGCGUAUAGUAUUAAGUCCAAACCUCACAACUUGUCAUCAAUCACUGUCAGAUGCUGAUCAACCAGUAUACUGCUGUCCACCAGAAAGUGAAACAUUAGAACCCAUUGUUGAUUUCCAGUUUCCUGACUCUUCAAAACCGAUUAGGGUUAGAAAGCCAGCUCACUUAGUUGAUGCAGAUUACAUUGCAAAAUACAACAAAGCUAUAGACAUUAUGAAAUCAUUACCAUACGAAGAUCCACGUAACUAUAUCCGUCAAGCAAACAUGCAUUGUUUAUACUGCACCGGCUCUUACAAUCAGCAGCACUCCAAUUCUCUACUCAAAAUCCACAGAACGUGGUUGUUUUUCCCAUGGCACAGAAUGGUGCUUUACUUUCAUGAACGAAUUAUUGGAAGUUUCAUAGGUGAUGAGAACUUUGCUCUACCAUUCUGGAAUUGGGAUUCUCCUGAUGGCAUGUUCAUUCCUGAUAUGUACUUGAAUGGGUCGAUGGAUGAUACACAACGGGAAAGCUCUCAUCUGCCGCCUCAAGUAGCCGAUAUUAACUAUGAUUAUGUUGAAAGUGGACUAGGAACCGGCGAGCAAAUUUCCGCUAAUGUUGCUUUGAUGUAUAAUCAAAUGGUUUCAGGUGCUAAGAAGGCCGAGCUUUUCAUGGGGUGUCCUUACAAAGCUGGGGAGAAUGGAUUUUGUGAUGGACCAGGAACUAUUGAGCUGGCACCACAUAAUCCGUUGCAUGCUUGGGUUGGCAGCAACUCAAAUACUGAAAGAGAAGAUUUGGGUGCAUUCUUUACAGCUGCAAGAGAUCCAAUUUUUUAUGCGCAUCACUCAAACGUCGAUCGUCUUUGGAACGUAUGGAAUGAACUUCGCAGUAACAGGCCAUCAGUAGAAGACCCAGAUUGGUUAGAAUCUACUUUCUUCUUCCACAAUGAAAAGUCGCAGCUUGUUAGAAUCAAAGUCAAAGAUGUUCUUGAUACUUCUAAGCUCAGAUAUACUUAUGAGAACGUUGAGGAUGUAUGGCUUACUGCUAGACCUAAACCUUCUGUCCCACCGAAGAUCGCUCGUCAUGUACUGAAAAUGAGAGACAAUGAGAACCCAUUAUUUGGUGAUUCUAAUCAAGCUAUUGUUUUACCUGAUAUUGGGUUGAAUGGUAGGAGUCUUGAUACGACAAUACGAGUGAAGUUACAUAGGCCAAAAACACGUAGAAGUAAGAUAGAGAAAGAACAAGAAGAAGAGAUUUUAGUGGUUUAUGGAAUUAAUAUCAGUAAAGAUAUGUAUGUCAAGUUUGAUGUCUAUGUAAAUGCAGUCGAUGAGACGGCAAUCGGUCCUGAAUCAAGAGAGUUCGCGGGAACGUUUGUGAACAUGAGGAGAGGAGUAAGAAUAGUGAGGGAGAAAGAAGAUUUGAUAGUGCAAAGGAAAACAAUUUUUAAGGUGGGUAUAACUGAGCUAUUGGAAGAUCUUGAGGCAGAUGGAGACCAGACCAUUUUUGUAACACUAGUACCGCGAGGAGGGACCUGCAUCAGUACAAGCAUUGAUGGGGUUCGGGUCGAGUACAUGCAAUGAUUGACGAUUACUUUUUGUUUGUUUGUUUGUUUGUCUGCUUCUUUAUAAUUUUUGGUUUAACAAUUUUUUAGUUGACUAAUUUUGUUACCAAAAAAAUGGAAGAGGAAUUUAUGAAUU